CCGCGCUAAUUUGUAUGCACUAGGGCCAUUCGAGAUGAGGAAGCUUUGACUUGAUUUGUGCAUCUAUACUCGAUUCUCAAACAAUGGAUAAUUCUUUGAAGUAUGGAUCAACAAGUUCAUUACGUUGUUAAGAUAUGGACGGACAAGAGAUCACUAUUACUAAUGUUUUCCCGAUGAGGAAAAGGAGGGCGAUUGGCUUAGGCCUAGGCACUCGACGGAAGACAGCAGCCGAAGACAAGAACGCAGAGCAAUUUCUUCCUAAGACGCCAGUCAGCAAAUCAUCGCAUUCAUCAAGAAGGAAAGAUGCAAAGUCUCCACUGGAAAGUAGCUUUAAACAGCCUACUAAAACCCCAACAAGACCCGUUUUUUCAUCGUCGAAUGCACUUGGGAGAUUGAGAAAGACUCCACAAAGACUUGCUGCUUGGGGUAGCAUUUCUCCCUAUGACUCAGGUCCAGAAAUAAUCUGGGACAAUGAUUCACACAGCCCAACCUUUGCCUUGGAUAGAGGAAAGAGUAAGAAGCUGAUUUCAAAAAGAUCACAAGAACAACUGGCAUCUUUUAUUAAGAAGCUAAGCAAUGAGAAUUCUAGCAGAACCAGCAAUGCAAGCCCUAAUAUGUUUGAAGCAUGGAUGAAAAAGGAUGACGUUGUGGCUGACAAUGACAGUAGCAGACUUAUUGGAAAAGGCUGUCGCAAGAAACGGUCAAUUUUGAACCGAACUAAAUCCCACGAAAGUAAUGCAAAUCAAAGAGUAACGAGAAAUCGAAGCCGGAUGCUUGCGAGUAACGCGAUGAAGUUCCAAGAGGAGCUUUCAAAUUUUAUCAAGAAUAUCAAUGAAAAAGUGUUACAAGAAAAUACAGACGAGAGUGAUAAAACAUCGGAACAAGAUAUAAUGGGUCACCAGUGUGAAAAGAAGCCAACAAAAUGUAAUGACGAACCGUUUUUGGGUUUCAUGCCCAUAUGCGGAGAGACAGAGCUAUCGACGAGACCAAAACCCUCUCACAGCAGUGCCACGGGUGAUUUAUCAGUAGAUUCUAAUGCUUCGAUUAAAACGUCUAAUCAAAAAUUAGAAAGUGCUGGUCCAUUAGCGAACAGCUGCCGGAGUGGACAUACAACGUCUAAACCCAAAGUUGAUAUCAAGGUUUCAAAAUGUAAUAGUGCAUCCCUCAAACAAGUAUUGGCUCUUACAGAAGAGACUGGGCAGAAAACAGAAAAAAUGCAAGAUCAGCUUACGCGUACUAGAAACGAAAGAAGUUGCGAGAGCCAAGCAAAAAACCCUAGUGGAGUUAGAACCUUUGAAAAUCAUGGCAAAUCUUAUUCGUCAAAACAUGGGAAAAAGGGCGGUGCUUAUGCAGAAAAUGCAACACAAAAGACCUUUGGCUCUGAAAAAUUGCUGAAAACUAAUGUGCAAGAACCAUCUCCUCUACCCAUAGAAGAGGUCGAAACGGCAGAACCAUGCCAAGAUUUCUGUAACUUAGAGGACUCGAUUGGCUUUCUGGAAGAUUUUCCACUUGAUGAAGACCUUGAGGUUCAAGAUGUGGGAAAUAAAGGUAGGAAAAACCAAGCAGAUGAAGGUCAAAUUUCCAAAUGUGGGAAGCGAAAUUUGCCUGUGAUUACAAAUCUCGAAAUGGCUGGACCACCAGUUGCGGAUGAAAAUGUCGAUCCACUAAAUGUUUUGUCGUUCAAUGAUGACCUUCACGCAGAUGAUGUUUUUGAAGGAACCCCAGGAGGUUCAGAGGUUGAAAAGAAAAAUGAUUUAUUAGACGAUGAUUUGUUCGACAGUUCUCAGUGGUCUAAUUUCGAAGACAAUCUUGCAGAUCUUGAGCACUUAAAUGCUGAGAAAGAGAACUUAAAGAGCAGGAAAAAUCCCCAGGUUCCUUCAAGAAGCGAAGAAGAAAAUGUGAAAAGUUGUGUCAAGGGAAAAGAGAACGCCAAAAAGGAUGAGAAUCUUGUUAAUAUAGACAACGAUUUAGAAGAUAUGGAUUGGGAAUUCGACGAUGGUCUUGUUUUAGGAAAUGAUAAAAAUGACAUCAAAACAAAUCGUGACAAAUCACCAGCAACUAGUAAACUUAAAGUAAAUAGGGGAAAUGCUCUUACUGCAAAAAAUCUGGAUGGGAAAAACUCAAAUGCCAAAGCUUUUGACUGUAAGAGAGGGUCAAUUUUUGGAGAAGGAGCUGUAAAUAAACAUGAAAAUAAAAUUAUAUCCACAAAGAGUAGUGAAACGUAUUCGAAGCAAAAAUUUGACAAACUUUCUGCGGACAGAGCUGAUAAAUUGGAUAUUGAGAUGGACGAUAAUGAUGAAUUAUUCAAAGAUGCUUGGAUUGACAAUCUGUAUGAGGAUGUUCCAUUUGGCGACUGUGGUAACAAGGAGACAGUAGAUGUACCUGUUUUUAGUGGAUCUAAGAGUGUGGCAAAUAUUGGAAAGCCAACAGUAAAGGAAUCUGCCCUCCCAACUAGCCGCCACAAAGACAAUGGCCUAGAUAUAGAAAUUGGCGACUGGGAGGAUGAUAAUUUUUGUGAUGAUGUUUUAGAUGAUGAUAAUUUAAAGUGUUGUAAAGAUACUCAAAAGAGUAAAAUUGGAAAUGAAAAUGAAAAUAGUUCCACAAGGAACAGGCCCAAGACAAUGUCGAGUACACCUCGAAGUAGCCAGAAAACAAGGAAGUUUAAUUUCAAACGCACAGAAAACACAAAACAGAUGCACGAUUUAAAGAAUAGUUUGAAGAUUGCUGCCUCUGCUACUUCUAAUAAAUGUCAAGCCUUGAAAGACGCACCAAGUUUGUCUAAAAAUCAACAAGAAGUGGGAGCUUGUAUAAAAAGCAAAGACUCCGUGUUUAUAAAAUCGAAUUCUGUUAGAACCAUGCAUCCAAACAUUUCUUUGAUCGAGGGAGCUGAAAACAAAGCAGGACAACUCUUCAAGUCACCUGAUGAUUAUGACUUUUGGAAUGACGCCAACACAAGUAAAGAAUUCAUGCCAUAUACAUCGACGCAAAAAGAGAGGAAUCCAGGGAACAUAAACCACGCGAAUAAUGACGGAACUAGAAAGAAGUAUUCUGCUGAAGACAUCGCACGAAAGAAAGCAGAAGCGAAUAGGAAACUAGAGUUGAAAUUGAAAAGAGGAAGCCUGCAAUUAAAGUAAUGUAACUACUAUCAUUAACCGUUCACUGAUAUAUCAGUUUUGUUGAGAAAUUCAUGGCAGUCUUGAUACAGAUACAACUUUCAAAAUUGUCAUUGUAGCUUUCAGUAGUGAUAAUCUGUUGGUUCGCUGAAUUUUAUCUGCUUAAGUUGUUGGAUUGGUCUUUAGUUUGUGUUGCCUUUAAAGACCUCCUUUUGCUUGUGAAGAUACUCGCAACAAGAUGCAAAUUGCCUACCCAAUCUUGCUUUUUUUCACGUUUGACGUUGGAGUGUUCUCUAUCCUUUAGAAAUGGCUAUCUUCUUUCUGUAGCUGUUGCUCAUGGAGAACCCUUUUAACUUCAUGUAUAUCCGAAAUGCUCAUUCUUUUUGGUAGUUGUAGUCAUGACGGACGUUAUGAAAAUUCAUAUUGUUCAUACUGAUCCCUACCCUCCCCCUCUGAAAGUGCUGAGAGUGGCAAAGAGGAUGGGCUUAAACCCAAAAUGCAAGGAAAAAAUAAACUCCACUUUUCUGAUUAAAAAAAUCAGCUUUUUCUUUCUGACGAAAUGUGGGCUGUUGUUGUUAUGGAGGAUUCGCGAGAUAAGGUUUUUUAUCUCAAUCACAGAUAACGGUUUGAGAAAGCAGGUUAGGCCAAUUCCUUGUCAAGAAAAAGCCCCUUCUCACCCUCCUGUUUUUGCUUAGGAAGACUACCGGUUCUCUAAGCAAUAUCUCUUACUUUAAUCUACAUGUCUCGCAAUCAAAAUGCCAUCAAUUAUUAACCUGGUUAAUUCAGCAUCUGUUUUGAAGGUUGAAAGUUCAUUUAAUUGAUAAUUAUUGUUGUGUUCAGCUGGCUUCAGCUGUUUCCUAAGUAGAUUUUGUAGUUUUUCCAGGAAUUCUUUGUAAAUUUCAAAAGUCAAUUGGUUAGGUGUUUUGUUGCUAUUUGAAAAGAUCUCACAGAGAAAAAACUUUUUGUUCUGUCUGCUUGACUGCCAUUUAUUGAACCUUUAAAAAUUUGAAUCUAUGUCAAAAGUUGUAUUUGUUGCAAAAAAUAUUCUUCAAAAUGUUUUACUUUCUGUUUCGUCUUUUUUAUUUACGUAAUAAAAUGCAAACGUGCCCUGAUGAAAACGAACACUUGUCAAGUCAAUGUCUUUAUGAUUUACAAUGAUUUUUUGUAAAUGCCAGCCAGUCAAAGUAGAAUCUUCUUGAUCAUUUCAUGUAAGACCACAGAUGUUAAUCAAAAUUUGUUAAUAAAAAAUAUUAGAAGUAAUUGUUAGUAGAAAAAGAGUGCAUUUUGGUUUUGUUUGCAAGGGCUCCAGUCAGAUUAAUGUAUCUCCUAGAAAAAGCCUUAAAAUUCUAUCCAAGAAAAAUCAUAUAUUAUUUUGUUGACUUUACCGAAAGCUAUACUGACAGAAUUUUCAUGCAGUUUUGAUAAUCUGUAAUAAGGGUCGAGUCAUUAAUUCAGAAGGCGGCAAGUAUACCUGCCAUCUGCAAAUCUGUAUUUGGUACUUAAAAACUCUAGGAUUCUGUUUAAAUUGAUUUAAUCCGAAAAAUCUGCAUAAUAUGAAGGCACAAUUUGCCCCUUUUUGUUGUUGUCUUAGAAGUUGUUUUUUGUAAGACCAUAGUAUUUAUUUUAAAUAGCUUUUUCCUACAACCUUCGUAUCACUACAUGUCAAUUAGACACAAAUACUGUAUCUUAGGUGACCCUUCAGGUUUUUUCAUGUAUUGCGAGGAAUCAGUAAGAUACAUUAAUCCCUUCUUCAAAAUUUAUCCCUUCUUCA